AUCUCAAUGAUAGAUGAACCAUCAAUAACAGAUGCAAAGCUUAUCUUCAAAAUGAUGGGGAACAUAAUGCACAUGGAUGAAAAAUGGUUUGAUAUGACAAAGCGUAAUCGAACAUAUUACCUAACUCCAGAAGAACCGGAUCCAGUUCGCACUAUCCGUAACCAUAACAACAUCGGUAAGGUGAUGUUCCUAACUCUGGUUGCAAGACCAAGAUUUGAUGCACAAGGUAACAUGACAUUUGACGGAAAGGUCGGAAUUUGGGCGUUCGUCAUAGAGGAUGUGGCCAAGUACAACUCAAAGUAUCAGACAAAAGGCGAUUUGAUGCUAAAGAAUCUCAAUGUUACUAGAGACGUGAUGCGGGAAUACCUCUGUGAGAAGGUAAUUCCAGCAAUUGUUGAAGUAUGGCCCGACGAUGGAGACGUGGGAACCAUAUGGAUACAACAGGACAAUGCAAGAACACAUGUUCCGCCUGAUGAUCCUAUUUUUCAAGCCGCCGUAAAAGCUUCAGGAUUGGAUAUUAGGUUGACUUUUCAACCUCCUAACUCCCCGGAUGUGAAUGUUCUAGAUCUCUACUUCUUCAGUUCAAUCCAAUCCUUGGCAUUUGAGAGUGCACCUAAUACUCUCAAAGAACUGAUAGAAUCAGUAGAACAAGCUUACGAUGCAUAUGACGUGAAUACACUUGCCAAAGUGUAUGUCACCUUGCAGUCUGUUCUUGUGCAGAUUAUGAAAAACCAGGGUGGAAAUACAUACAAGCUAAUUCACAUGGGCAAGGACAGACUGAUAAAGGAGGGAAACUUGCCUGACACACUAGAGGUUGAUAGCGAACUAUAUGAAGAAACCUUAAAGUUGAUAGAGGAAUAUGAGAUGCAACUAAAGGAGGAAGAGAUCAAGGCUACACAAGCAAAGAAAGCAUCAAAGAUAAAAGGAAGAUCCCAAUUAAUUGUGGAUAAUGACCUAGUUAUCACAGGAAAAGAAUAUGCCACAUGGUUGGAGGACUCAUCAAGCAUUGUCCGUCCAAAGCGACGAGUCAAGAUUAAAAAACUUGAUCUCAUCCGGGAAAGACAAGUAAGCGAAUUUGAAGUUGCAAUACAAGAAGAGAAGCCUGAGGAGGAGAAGCGGAAGGGAAAACAACCAAUAAUACAAGAGAAGCCUGAGGAGAAGAAGGUGAGCAAAACAAGAAAACAACCGAUAAUAGAAGAUACUAGAGCAAACAAGAGGCCAAGGAAGGCAUAAAACAAACACCAUGGCAUCCUAAACAGCAAUUCACAUGGGCAAGCAAGCAAUAGAAAAUAGGUAUCCAUAGUUUAUCAUGUAUCCAUAGUUUAUCAGAGUUAUCAUGCAUACAGAGUUUAUCAAGCAAACAAGCAAUACAAGGAGAAUCGAUAAGAGUUAUCAUGUAUCCAUAGUUUAUCUGAAUAUGUACUGACUCAUAUUGUCCAUAUAUCUGAAUGUAAAAAUAAAUCGGCAGUGACAUCAGCUUAUUAGAAAAGGUUGGAAGCAAUUGAGUACUGUACCUAGUUUUCAGGCUUGCUCAGUUUUGGAUAUUUGACGAUCAGGAUUCUUAUUCACUUACCCUGAUGUGUGCAUUGGAUACAAGUCCUUACAAGAGCAAUUGUUCACUAAGACACUGACUUUGCCUAACAUAUUACUCCAGCCAUAAGUGCCUCAAGC